AUGCUCGAGGCUCGUGUUAAACAGGCGUCUGUCCUCAAGAAGCUCCUUGACGCCAUCAAGGAGCUCGUCACUGACGGCAACCUCGACUGCUCGGACGAGGGCAUCCAACUGCAGGCGAUGGACAACUCUCACGUCGCGCUCGUGUCGCUCAAGCUCGAGGCUGACCAAUUCGAGUCGUACCGCUGCGACCGCAACAUCCCGUUGGGCGUCAACCUUACUUCGCUCACCAAGAUCCUCAAAUGCGCAAAGGACAAUGACAUUGUCACUCUCAAGGCGGCCGACGACGCCGACUCGCUCGGCCUCGUCUUCGAGUCUCCCAAGGAGGACCGUGUCGGCGAGUACGAGAUGAAGCUCAUGGACAUCGACCAGGAGCACCUGGGUAUCCCGGACACGCAGUACGACGCGACGAUUACCAUGUCCUCGGCCGAGUUCCAGCGCAUCUGCCGCGACCUCGCGGCUCUGGGUGAGAGCGUCAAGAUCGAGGCGUCCAAGGAGGGUGUGCGCUUCUCGUCGGAGGGCGAGGUCGGCACCGGCUCGGUGCUGCUCAAGCAGACUGCAGGCUCGGACCGUCGCUCCAACAGGGCAGCCAAGCAGGACCCGGACGAGGAUGAGGACGAUGACGAGGAUAAGAAGCCUGAUUUGGACGAGGACGGCGAGGAGGAGAUGGACGACGAGGAACGCCCGAAGAAGCGCAAGGCCAACGGCGGCGCAAAGGCCAGCAAGAAGGCAAAGGCAGGCGCCGGUGACGACGACGUGGGUGUCUCCAUCAUCCUCGAGAAGCAGGUCAGCCUCACGUUCUCGUUGAAGUACCUGUCCAACUUUGCCAAGAGCGCGCCGCUCGCCCGCGAGGUCAGCCUCAACAUGAGCAACGACGUGCCGCUCCUCGUCCAGUUUGACUUUGAGCAGGGCACGCUCCAGUUCUUCCUUGCGCCAAAGAUUUCAGACGAGUAG